AUGCCCGAGGACGACAAAUACGAGGUCCUUGAGAAGAUUGGCCAUGGCUCGUUCGGAAUCAUUCGCAAAGUCAAGCGCAAGACCGAUGGAUAUAUCCUCUGCCGGAAAGAGAUUUCGUACUCGAAGAUGUCACAAAAGGAGAAGGAACAGCUACAAGCCGAGCUAUCUAUCCUCAAGGAGCUCGUCCACCCCAAUAUCGUCCGCUAUUACGAACGCGAACACCUGAAGGCGUCACAAGACCUGCACCUAUACAUGGAAUACUGCGGCAACGGCGACCUCGGUCGCGUCAUUCAGAACCUCAAGAACAAGAACCAAGUCGCUGAAGAAGAGUUUGUCUGGUCGAUAUUUUCCCAGAUCGUCAACGCACUGUACCGCUGUCACUACGGACAGGAUCCGCCGCCAGCGGGGCAGAAUGUCAUGGGUCUCGGUGCGGACGCGAAGCCUGUACGGGACCGAAACGGCAGGCCUAUGAUCCUGCACCGUGACCUGAAGCCCGAGAACAUUUUUCUCGAUCACGACAACUCCGUCAAGCUCGGUGACUUCGGUCUCUCCAAGAUUCUCCAAUCGCACGACUUUGCUUCCACAUAUGUAGGGACACCCUUUUACAUGUCGCCUGAGAUAUGCAAGGCAGAGCAGUACGGCCCUCACUCCGACAUAUGGGCGCUUGGCUGCAUAAUAUACGAGAUGUGCGCGAAGCAGCCACCCUUCAACGCAAGGACCCAUCUCGACCUCAUCCAGAAGAUUCGUAUGGGCCGAUACCCACCCAUUCCUGCUGUGUAUUCUCCAGAGUUGAACAAAGUUAUCGCAUCAUGCCUUCAGGUCUCACCCACAAACCGCCCAGAUACAGCACAGCUGUUAAACCUGCCGAUAGUGAAACUCAUGCGCAAAGAGCAAGAGGUGGUUAAGAUCAGUCAGGAGCUGAAGGAUCAAGAGACGAAGCUGAUACAGAGAGAAAAGGCAUUUGAUGUUAAGGUCAUCAACAUGCGCAAAGAGAUCAAUGACCAGCUCCGACGAGAGUGGGAGGUCAAAGCGCAAUUGGAGAUCGAGAAACGAGUAAAGUACGAGGUCGAACGGAGGUACCAGAUUGAGUUCAAGAAGCUGCAGGAUACAUUCGAGAUGGAAGUCAAGGCACAGGUGGAGAGGGCGUUGAAGAAGUACCCUGCUCGCCCGAGCACGUCACCGAAACUUGCUCCUCGCUCAAACACACCAACACAGCCUGCAGAGCAGGGUGUAUUGUUUCCUGCUAAUGGGGACUCGACUAGCACUGCAGGCACCAACUCUGAUUGGAACAGCGCAACUGAUAUCUCUUCUCUCUCGAUUGAUGAUUCGAUCGACGAUAUCUUGGGUGCGGAAGGCCAUAGCAUUACUCAAGAUGCCCGAGUUCCAGUCAUCAAUCAUCUACCAAAGAAGAAGGCUCGAGCGCCGCUCACUCGGGCUAGAACCAUGGCAGGACCGGUCAGCCAGCCACCACCCUCGCCUAUGGAUGUUCAGAUGGGCGAGCCAUCUCCAGCGCCCGCAUCCCUCGCAGUCAGUGGUCUCUCCCUGUCCCCUCGCCGCGAGAAGCAAUCAAGCAAGAACAUCUUUGCAGCAGCGAAGGAGGCCGCAAAGAGAUGGGAAGGCGAGGUCCCGCCAUCACCAACUGAUGACGACUGGAACGCCGAUCUCGACGACGACGAUAUCCCAGCCCUCCCAUCACCGACUCGUUCGCGUAGCGGUUCAGGCAGUCGCAAGUCCAACGAGGACCCCUUCAAGACCCUUGCAGCUGCGCAGAAGCCUCUCCCACGGCCCACAACACGCCUGGCAACGACACCAUCACUGGCGCCUAACGGCCAGAGACCCCGUCCGCACUCCGCAGUGCCCAUCAUAGCCACCUCGCCUGCCCGCGCGCGCUCAAAGCCCGAGACUAGCAGUCCUGUCCGUAGAGCGGCAAAACCAGCUGAGUCCUCCGGCCUGCUCAAGAAGAAGACUCCAGCAAAUGGCGGUCGCCCGCUGGGUCGGACGCUCGUGGAGCUCCAGCAAGCGCGUGGUAUUCCUCAGGCUUUGAGCGAGGACGAGGGCAAGCGCGGCAUGCGGACGGGGAUUAGGAGCCCCCUCAAAGCUAGGAGCGCAGUUGCGACCAGGGAGUUGAAGCCGGCCGUAGUGUGGAAUCCCGAGGAGUGCGAUGAAAUGCCUAGCCCUUUCAUUGUCAAGACGAGGAAGUUGAUUAUAUGA